AUGGAGGUUAGCAGCCACCGCGUCUCACUUCUGCCACUGGUGGUGAUCAUCAUCGGGUGCUGUGCCUGCUGGGGCGGCUGCCGCGCUCAGAUCCCGAUCCCGGCGAGGAUAGACGGGUUCGUGUACGGCGGGAAGCCGCCGGCGUGGGGCGAGACGGUGGUGGUGGAGGCGUUCUUGGACCCCGUGUGCCCCGACAGCCGCGACGCCUGGCCGGCGCUGAAGAAGGUCGUCGAGCACUAUAGCUCGCGUGUGUCCGUCGUCGUUCACCUCUUCCCGCUGCCUUACCACAGCUAUGCCUUCAUUGCGUGCCGGUCAAUUCAUGCCGUGAACAAGCUAAAUCCGUCGUUCGUGUACCCUCUGCUCGAGAAAUUCUUCAAGGACCAGGAAGGUUACUAUAAUCUGCCAACGUACGAGAAAUCAAGAGCUACUGUAGUUAACGAAAUAACCAAGAACCUUGUCGCGCCAAUCAUCGGUGAAACUAAUUUGGCGGCAUACACAGCAGGUUUUAACGAUUCAAAAUCUGAUAUGGCCACAAGGAUAUCUUUCAAGAACGGCUGUGCACGAGGUGUGACCGGGACACCCUACUUCUUUGUGAAUGGCAUACCAAUCAACGAUUCGGGUUCUCCUCUCGAAUACAAGUACUGGAUAUCUGUCCUGGAUCCCUUGGUUGGAAAGAUGUAA